AUGGCAUCGAAGGAACCUCAAGAUGACUCAUUCGUCACCUACGACUUGAAGGUGGAGGUCAUCUGCCCUCCAGGCAAGAAGAUUCUCUGCAAUGCCAAGAACGGCGACUACUUCAUUCUCAAAGACGAGAUGCUGUACUUGCCUCCCGACCAAGGCAUGAGCAUCUACAAUAUCUCUGCCGCUCUGCCCCUGCUGCAAGCCAAGCAAAGAAAGACCCACCCUAACGACUGGAUGUCCACCGAUGACAUGGUCGCCUGCCCUGAUCCGUACUGUCCGUCGCGGUUGAAGAUCACGCGUUGUGGUGAAUCUGUUUGGAGACAUUCAGAUGUCUCGGGCUUCCCUCCCAUGCAGCAGCAGGAGAAGAAAUGA